AUGCUGGUGUUAUACCUUUUGGUGGCGCAACUGGCUGCCCUCGUCAGUUGCAACGAGUCCAUUUACUUCGAGGAGCGGUUUCUGGAUGGUGAGUUCAUGUCCUGGAAAUCACUUAAAUUCCCUCAGAGUCACUGAAAGGUUGGACGCCCUCAGAGGAGAGCAAGGAUACAUUGGGCAAAUUCAUCUACGCUGCACCUAAAAGCGUUAAUGAUGCCAAAGAGGAUUUUGGACUUAAGACUUCACAGGAUGCUAAGUUCUAUCACAUGUCGUCGAUGCUCAAGAAGCCGCUAGACACUAAGGACAAAGACCUCUGUGUCCAAUUCACCGUCAAGCACGAACAAGAUAUCGACUGUGGUGGUGGAUACGUGAAGCUCCUCGGUGAGGACUUUGUCCCUGAAAAGUUUAACGGCAACACCGACUACGAAAUUAUGUUCGGUAAGUGAGUAUUUGGGGUGUAACUUUUCGUAGGACCUGACAUUUGUGGCUAUGGGACGAAGAAGGUGCAUCUCAUCUUCUCCUACAAAGGACAAAAUCACCUUAUUAAAAAGGAAGUUCCUUGCAAAUCAGACACAAUGACUCACCUAUACACGCUUAUCGUCAAACCCGACAACACUUACGAAAUCCUGAUCGAUCAGGAAAGCGCUGCCAAAGGCUCACUUACAGAGGACUGGGAUAUGCUGCCGCCUAAGAAGAUUAACGUAAGGACUUAUUCGAAUAACACCUUCCAUUUCAGGACCCGAAUGUGUCUAAGCCGUCUGAUUGGGUUGAUGAGGAGAAGAUUGACGAUCCCGAUGACAAGAAACCGGAUGAUUGGGACAAGCCCAAAACCAUCCCAGACCCAGAUGCCAAGAAGCCUGAUGAUUGGGAUGAUCUUACUGACGGAGAGUGGACUGCACCUCUAAUUGAUAAUCCAGAAUACAAAGGAGAAUGGUCCCCGAAACAGAUCCCGAAUCCUGCCUACAAGGGUGAAUGGGUGCACCCGCAAAUUGACAAUCCAGAUUAUAAUGACGAUCCUGAGCUUUAUGCCAGACACAUAACGGCCUUAGGUCUUGAUUUAUGGCAGGUGAAGUCGGGCACAAUCUUUGAUAACUUCAUCAUCACAACUGAUACCGAGGAGUGUAAUAAGCAUGCCGAGUACUGGAAGAAGCGUUUUGAAUUUGAAAAGGAGGAGAAGGCGAAGGCCGAUGAAGAAGCUAAGAAGAAGGCCGAGGAAUCGGUAAGCGUCACAUUCUAGAUUUUAUUUUAAAAUGUCCAUAGGGUCCAUCGAGUGAAGACUCGUUGCCGGAUGAUGAAGAUGAAGGGGAGGAUGAAAAUGAGACUGAUGAGAAGGAGAAGGAGCCAGAGCCGACCCCAGAAGAACCGUCCAAGAAGCGCGUCGAACUGUAA